CCUGUCUCAAAACCAAACAAUCUACCAACCCAGCUUAGGUGUCACCUCCUCUGAGUGCCACCUCCACUUCCUCCUUAAGAGGCAGAAUUAAUCUCCAUCAUUAGUGCCACGCUUGCACAUGACAAUGCCUGGACAUGCUCCUUUCACCAUACCGAACCCAAGUACUGGUCCAUGUCCCCAGGUAGUCUGUAAAAUUCUUACAGGUGUGCUGCGACACAGGUGGGGACUGUGUUGUCAACCCUGAACUACCUAUACUUGGCACUGUGCCAAAUACAGGCCACACAGAGCCAUGGAUACAGUUUGUGCAACUGAGUUUGAUUUCCAUUUGGUGAGUCUUCCUCUUUACUCUCCACAGAAAAACCUAAUUGCUUUUUCUUCCCCCUUAAUUUUGAAAGCCCUGCUUACCACGCAGCUGCACUGUGCCUCUCAAUUCUUUGAUGGAUGAAGGAAGUGAACUGGUCCAGCCCCAAGACCAGGGCUUCUGGGCCACUCUCCCGGAUGUGUGCCUGCGCCGUAUUUUCUGGUGGCUUGGGGACAGCGACAGAUCAAGGGCAGCCUUGGUCUGCAGAAAGUGGAACCAGGCGAUGUAUUCAGCGGAUCUCUGGCGAUACAGGGCCAUCACCUUCAGCGGGAGACCAUCCCGGUUGCAUGCAUCGGAAUUUGAGUCGGCUCUCUGGUAUAUUAAGAAAUUUGGUCGUUAUUUGGAAUGUCUAGAGAUCAAGUUUCUGAAUCCUUACAAUGCUGUCUUGACCAAGAAGUUCCAGGUCACCAUGCGAGGUCUUCUGUCCUGCCUGGGCCGGAGUAACAACCGCCUGAAGUCGCUUUCCAUCCAGCACCUGGAGCUAGACCGCCUGGUGUGGAGGAGCAGCAUCAGGAACUCGCUUAUUAAAAGCUUGAGCUUCUUCUUAAAGAAAAUGGGCAAGUAUCUGGAAUGCCUCAGCCUGAAGGGGGCCAGGCUGACUGUGGAGCAGGGCUGCCAGCUACUAAACUCCGUGAGCUACCUACGGAAUGUGAGCACCGCCUCGGAUCUUAACAUCGAAGACUUCUUCAGCCACCACCUGACUGUCUACAGCAGCCCCCAGUUCAACAAGACCAUGACCACAUUCUGCAAUCUGGCAUUCCUGACACUCAACUACAACUGUGUUUCUGAUGAGCUGCUCGAGAACUUGGCUGAGAACACUGCCAGUACUCUCCGGACUAUGAAUAUCAAAUGUCACGUUCAUGACCCCCACAGCCAGGUCAUCUGGGGCAUGUCCUGGGCCAAGCUGGCCAGGCAGGCCAGCAACCUGAAGGUGAACUUCUUCUUUGAGCGGGUCAUGAAAUACGAGCGUUUGGUCCGCAUCCUCCUGCAGGAGAUCCCCCUCAGGAGCAUAAGUCUGAAAAGCUGCUACUUCACUGACCCUGACUGGUCCAUGCGGCCCACUCUGACAGACCUCCUGCCCACCUUCCGGCACACCCUGCAGAAAUUAUCUUUUGAGUUCAACAACAACCAUGAGUCACUGGACGAAGAGCUGUACCUCCUCAUCCUCUCCUGCAGGAAGCUGUUUUACUUCAAAAUCUGGGCUUUCCUUGAUGUCAGGUUUGUGGAGCGGAUCCUGAGGAGCCAGCGGGAGGGGCAGUGUGCCCUGCGCACACUCAAGGUGAGAAUCUAUACAAACAGAUAUGAAACUAAUGAAGAGGACAGGACCUUGCGGGAAAUUCACAGGAAGUAUAGAGACCUGAUCGACUCCGGGAUUAACUAUUUUGUCAUCGCUUACCCCAUGAUGUAAUGAGCCUCUUCAGCAGAAGGAAGCUAGAAGCACUUGAACCUGCAAAUCCACUUCUUGGAGAAUGACACUUAGAGCACCUCCACACCAUCCCUUUGCUCUUCCUCGAUUUUGCCCAGUCUACACCAACAUGAACAGCUGGGCAAAUGCUGGACUGCUGGUUAUGUGAAAGCCCCAGAUGACUUUAAAGUGCUAUCUUUACCAACUAUCCAGAGGUGAUCUCGCUGUUUGUUGUUUGGUUUUGCUUUUUGAUGCCCCUUGCUUAGUCACUGAACAAAGAACCCAAAGCUGCUCAAAAUCAUUUGCUACUAGGGGAGCCUGACUGUUGGUCACCUCAAAGGUGUGUGACCAGCCAGUGAGCAAACAUCUACUGACCAACAUCACCAGCUGAGAAAUCUCUACAUCUGGGCUGACCUUCACGCGCAGAUCUUCUGACACUGACAUUGGCUAGGCCUGAUCUCACAUACAUAGAAGCCCACCAGCCUGUCCUUGACUGAAGCAGGAAAUUUUCCACUUUCAAAAGGUGUCGCUCAGAGUUGCAACUCCCUCCCCUGGGAGGAACUCAGACUCUAUUCUUCAACCUCGAGGACUUAGAUGUCCUUCUUUGAUGUGUCUCCUUUAGUUUCCCAUCCAGGCCACAAUGUGGCCAGCCUGCUGCGAAUACUCAGUCCUCAAGGAUGGCACUGAAACAGAAAUGACCAGUACACCCACAUUCACAAAGAAUUUGUCAUGUGUGGGGAAAUGUUUCUAAGACAGUGUUCAGUAAAAAAAAGCAGAACACAAAGCUAGUUAAUAUAAAAUCACGUAAAAACAUUUUUAAGGAUUUAUUUUAUUUAUUUAUUUUUAAGGAUUUUUUUUAAAGCAAAGCAGAGAGAUGCCAAAAAUGUUAAAAAUUAUUCAGUGGAGAGGUAAAAUUAUGGCUAGUUUUAUUGCUCUUUCAUGCCUCUCCAAAUUUGCCAACUUUUUUUUUACAAUAAUCAGGUAUUAUUUUUAUAAUUAGGAAAAAUUUCAUAUGUUUAGAAUAAUGAGUAAUUAUAAAUUCCUGGUGUCAUACACAUAGA